AUGGCUUGUCUUAACCCAAGGAACUCCUUCUCUAAUUUUGAUGUGGAUAAGCUUGUGAGACUUGCUAAAAUUUAUGCUGCGGAUUUUGACGUCGGUGACCUUCUUUUGCCUGGUCAACUGAGAGGAUUUGUCAGUCGUGCUAGAAGAACUCAAGACUUUCUUGGAUGUACAGAGCUUGGAAAGGUUGUUGAAAUUAUGGUCAAUACUAAAAUGAACACAUCUUAUGGAUUAGUGUAUCGGCUCAUUGAAUUAACAUUAAUUCUUCCGGUGGCAACAGCUUCAGUUGAGAGGAUAUUUUCUGCUAUGUCUAUUGUAAAGACAGAUUUGCGUAACGAAAUGGGUGAUGAAUGGCUCAAUGACUUAAUGAUAUGUUACACUGAGAAGAAGAUAUUUAGAAGCAUCAAGAAUGACAAAAUCAUAAAACGAUUUGAAGACAUGAAAACCUGGCGUAUGUUAGUGCCUCGAAACAAUUUAGUGGUAUGA